CAUGUUCUGUGUCGCGGAGAGACCAUACACAUUUUAAGGAGGGGAUUGAUUAUUUUUUUCUCUGCUGAAAGUGCCUGUUAAAGUAUCGAAUCGAAUCAAUCUAACUAUCUUGUUCCCCACGAUAUAUCGGGCGGGCAGAGCGCUUUCAUCAGAGACUUUGUUUCACGUCAUAGCCUAGCCUACAGUAACCUACAGUAUAUCCGGAUCGCAGAAAAGGGUAUCCAGCUAUCCAGAGGAAAACGCGCGUGCAAGGUAUAACAGAAAGUGGAUUGUAGAGUGAUAGCCAAACUGGAUGGUAUUCUGGCAUGAGCUGGAAGCUUGGCCUCUCUGAUCAGCUCAUGCCCCAUUCAACCAAGCUAUGGGUCAGAGGGCCUCCUCCCCGGGCAGUGCAGUCUUGGUGGAUAAGUACAGCACCAACCCCAUGCAAGCUUUCACCCACUACAACAAGAGCCGCUUCCAGCUGCCACAUCUCAAGUUGGUGGAGCCCACCCCUUACGAUGCCCCCAAGCCUGCAGGUCACACUCGUUUCGUUUGCAUCUCGGACACACACUCAAGGACAGAUGGCAUCCAGAUGCCGUACGGUGACGUCCUGCUCCACACGGGUGACUUCACAGAGCUGGGCCUGCCAUCCGAGGUGAAGAAGUUUAAUGACUGGCUAGGUAGUUUACCUUAUGAGACCAAGGUCGUCAUCGCUGGGAACCAUGAGCUGACCUUUGAUAAGGACUUUAUGAUGAAGAUGACCAUGCAGAAUGAUGUACGCUUAACAAAGUUGAAGCUUGAGGACUGUGAAAAUGUUGAGUCCCUGCUCACAAACUGUAUUUACCUCCAAGACUCAGAAAUCACUGUCAAGGGAUUCAGGAUAUAUGGUACACCUUGGACCCCCUGGUUUUGCAACUGGGGCUUUAACUUACCUCGUGGUCAGGCUCUGCUGGACAAGUGGAACCAGAUCCCCAAAGACAUCGACAUCCUCAUGACACAUGGCCCACCCCUGGGCUUUGGGGACUCUAUCCACAUAGCUAAGGAGAGGGUAGGCUGCGUGGACCUUCUCAACACAGUCCAGAAGAGAGUUCGUCCCAAGCUGCAUGCUUUCGGCCACAUCCAUGAGGCAUAUGGUAUCAUGACGGAUGGCUACACAACGUUUAUCAACUCCUCUAUCUGCACACUCAUGUAUAAGCCCACCAACCCCCCUGUUGUGUUUGACCUUCCCAGCCCACAAAACACCUGAGACGCCACCGCCCGGUCUUUGCCCAAACUCAUCCGAAAAUAAUUCACACAGAACCUUGUUCUGGCAGUUGACCAGUAAAACUCAAAAUGGAAACCAUCGUUAAGUUUGCUGAUGAUACAGUAGUCCUGGCCUGGGCCUCAUCUCUAACAACAAUGAGACUGCCUUUUUGGAGGAGGUGAAGAAGCUGACUGCCUGGUGUCAGGCAAACUGUCUCCAGCUGAAUGUCAACAAAACCAAAGAGCUAAUUGUGGACCACAGAAUGAGGCAACAACAGCAGUUUGUUUCUUAGUCACCAUGAAGUAACAUUUUUCACAAGAACUGUUGAAAUGUCAAUGAGUAGCUACUACUUUGCAGAUCACCAUCAAGAAUCUGUUUUCUGGAGAUAAAAGCGCCGCGUUGUGCCACUAUCAGUGUUGGUCAAGUUACUUGGAAAAAGUAAUUAGUUACUGAUUACUGAUUACUUAUCCAAGAAAGUAAUCUAGUUACUUUACUGAUUACUUAUUUUCAAAAGUAAUUAGUUACUUUACUAGUUACUUUACAAAAACACACUAGCUAUACACAACCUGAAUACGCUUUUUUAUUCGUUUCAAUCUUAACCUUUUGUUGUGUAUA